GAUCUUGGGUGUCUUGGUUAGAUUGAGACAAGUGAUGUUUGUCAAAUGUUGCAGCAGCUGCGAUGGGCAGCUUGAUGGGACAUGUGAGAAGGCACGACGUCUCGGUUUUCCGAGGCAGCUGCAACGAUCAAGUCUUAACCAAACACAUCUUCCAUGCCCCAGUGCGGCCGCUGCAUUCUCUCUCCCAACGUAACAUCGACAUCCGUUCAUUUUCUAUACAAGGAUCAUUCGUGACCGCCCCGGACUGGGACAUUCUCUCAAAGACAUGGCAUCAACGGCGUCAACCCCGUUUACUUGCACCUUUUGCUUCCAGCCCUUCGACGGCCCCUCACACGUCAUCGGCCGGGAAGCACGUCUGAGCUGCUCGCCUUGCUACGCCGCGCUGAUCGACCUAGCCAUCUGCUGGGUCUGCGGCGAAAUUGUCUACCGCGGUGACGAUUGCGUCAGCUUGGGGUAGUGCUUCUGGCAUCGCGCGUGUUACGGGUGUAUGUUUUACGGGAGCAAGCUCAUCUACCGAGGGGUGUCUGUGCUGGACCUCUUUGACGAGGGUCGCGAUGCUGGUGGUGGUGGUGAUGGGAGUAGCAUGGCUGGCAGGGUUGCUGGGACGGAGGGCAAGGGGAAUAUGAAAGAGGUGGAGGCGGUGCCGCUUUGUGCUUCUUGUUGUGUUGGUACGGAGGGGGAGGAUGUUGUGCAGAAGGGGUUAAGGAGGGUUGAGAGGGUUGAUGGUGGACUUGGUCGCGCGAGAUGGGGUGCUGGCGAGGGUAGAGCUGGGCAGUUGAGGAGGGUUCCGGCGGUAAGUUGUGUGAGGAUGAUGAGGGUGUCGAAGCUAACUUCACGCCAGUCUAUCCGGUCUCUCAGCCCGGACUCGUCAUCGUUCCGCAGGAUAGGGGACGGAUCUCAUGAUGAGAGUAGAGGGUAUCUCGCGACGCCGCCUGCCGAGUCUACUAUAUACGUCUCCAUCAACGAUCCCAUCGGCCAACCUGCGUUCAAACCAAGUCCAACGAAGCCCAUACCGGUAUGGAUGCAGCCAUUCCGGGGCAUCGAUCAAGUGGCCAGAGAAGAGCCAAGAGGAUUCCUUGCAUCUCAUCCUCUAGCUGGCCUCUCGCAGACCCCAGCGACGUCAAUAUCCGGCACCCCUUCAAUGGAGUCGACGAAUUCACUUACACCGACCAUCAGACCAACUACGCCGGUACGCCCCACCUCCCCGCCGCAAACACCGCCUAGGUCUCGUUCGAUUUGGACACCGUCUGAGAUUCGACGAGCACCUCCCCUCUCGUGGGUCAGCAACGAGCCCCUCAAACGGCCCUCUUCUCGAUUUGCCUCCCGACUCGAGAAAUCGGACACGACGACCUCAUCGGGUUAUGUGACUCCGCCAGAGACGCCCUCUAAGCAGCAGACGCGGUACAACACCCCACCGCCACCGCCGCAACUACGGCGUGCACGACCGCAAAGUCCACUAGUACCUGCUCGCAUCCCACGGCGUCACGCCGUACUCCGAACGCCUCCGCCUCAGUCAUCCGAGUAUCUGGAGCGGUACAACCCCAUCCGGUCCCCGUCGCCGCGACCGCGGAUCAUACGGCCUGUUAUGGCAGCAUUCAGUCCAACCAGUCGUGCUAGAGCUAGCUUGGUGAUGUCGGAGGACACAGCUAAUGCGACCGAGGACGAUGGUAGUAGUCCGAAUCCGGGUUUGAAUCAGAGCACGGAGAGGCUUCUCUCGGAUGGGGCCGACUCUCCCGGCGAAGCAGGGAAGAAGAGGAACCUGCAGGCUUUACGGAAGCUGUUCAGUGGGAAGUAAGAGAGGUGGCGGAGCAAACAUGCCAGACGCCAGAGAUGGAGUAGCACUUGGGUAAGUAUUCUUUACCACUAGUGAUGAUGCGGAAUGCGGGAGGCAUUCGAGAAUAAAAUAUAUCUUCACCAAUAGAGACAUCAAUACCAGUCUCUUCAACGUCGUGGGUUCUUCGCGGAGCAUGAAUAGCAUAGAUAGUCAAAUCAAGAAGCAUCGAUAAGCCAGCUGGCUGAUCCAGCGUCCCUCUCAUAUUUAUGUAGAGGGGUCGUUAGACUGAAUGCUUCUUCACAAAUAAAGACCAGGGUCGCGACAUAACUAACGGCCGCGGUCGCGCGCCAGGGACCCCGUCUGCAGUCGCACUUGACAUCCCUGCAAGCGCCCCCACACCUCACCCACAAGGUGUGUGCCACCGGCCCAUCCCGCCAACUGGCUAGCACCAAAUUCCAU